UAUGUCUUUGUUUGGACAGCUCUUUGGUAUGUUUGUUCACAAAGAGACCUGAUUCGAUGUAUCUUGUUUUCCAUUAGUAGGCAUUUGUGCUUUCUUUGUUUGAUAUUACGAAGAAGGGUUCCGCUUAAAAAUGAGCUGGUAAACGUGCGUUAGCAACUCUAUUUAACACACGGUUGGUUGUCACUGGAACGGAAGAAAAAGUAUUAUCGUUGCCUGUUGAGCAGAUGAUAAAAUUGAAGGUUCUUCGAUUUAUGGGCGUACUGACAAUCAUGAAACUUGGAUUAUUUGCUGUAUCCGCGUUUUGUCUUGUUAUGGCUCUGGGAUGGAUUCUGAUAUACUGCCCUUCAGCUAUGCGAUACAAAGUAUCUGUGCAAGAAAGUAUGAUCAGCGAUACAAGAAAGCAUAACGAUGUCGCAGGUUAUUUUCAACAUUAUGAAGCAAAACUGGACGAAGAAUUGAACGUAUUGAAGCAAAGAGAACCAGAGAAAAUGAUGGAAAAGCAAGCACCAAAACUUGAUGAGAAGGCUACGAUACCGAUGGAUAAAUAUACAGAUGAAGCGUUUGAUGAUAUGAUAUAUCAACUUGAUCACAAAAAACUGGAUGAAUUUGAAUUUCUUAUUGAAUCAAUGAAUGUCACCAUAUAUAGAAAGUUGAAGGGUAACGGAUUGUACGAAUACAAACUGUAUGCAAAUUUGCCUUCUGCAACACCGGAAGUGCUGACGAUGGUGUUUCUGGACUCAGAUUACAGACUGGAAUGGGAUGAGUACGUCACAGAACUACGAUUUAUUCAAAAAAAUGAACAUGGACCCGACGUUGUGUAUUUCAAUGUUGAUUUUCCCUGGCCGCUUGCAAACAGAGAUUAUGUAUAUGCAAGAGAAAUGCGAAGGAUAAAGAGAAACGGAAAAGAGUAUUUUACUAUUAUAAUGCAUAGUCUGUUAAGUCAUAAUAUUCCAGUUAAACGUGGAGUUAUUCGUGUCGAUGAUUUUCAUCAAAUGCUGGCGGUUGAACCGGUAUCUACGGGAGGAAGUCGAGCUUUUAUUCACUACUAUGACGAUCCGAAAGGUUCACUACCAAAUUGGUUGAUCAACUGGGCCGCUAAGACCGGAGUUCCAGGUUUUGUUCGGGAUAUACAAAGAGCUUGUAAAGGAUUUGAAGAAUUCAAAAAAAGACGCGGACGCGCCUGAAAAUGAAGCCCAAGAGAUUCAAGCCGUGCUGAAAUUAUAUAUACCAAUAAGUGCAAUGCUUUUUUUAGUAUGUACACGUGAUUUUCUGUAUUCCAAUAAAUAAAUCUACCUCGCCUGUA